AUGUCUUGCGAAGGAAGAGGCGAGGAAGCUUGGAUCAGUGAUAGGGAUAGAUCUUGGUACAACAUAUUCUUAAUGGCCAUGUUGAAUUCAUUGCCAACGACCAAGGAAACCGUAUUAGACUUCGAGAGGCUCAUUGGUGAGGCUGCUAAGAAUCAGGCGGCUGUUAAUCCUGAGAGGACUGUCUUCAAUGUCAAGAGAUUGAUCAGGAUUAAAUUCGACGACAAGGAUGUUCAGAAGGACAUGAAACUUGAGUCUUACAAGAUUGUGAACAAGGUUGUGAACAAAUCAAUAGUUCUGAUGGAAAGAGGUGAAACAAGUGAAGAAAAUGCAGCAAAGACGUCAAAGAAGCCGGAGCAACUGGAAAAAACAGGGAAGAGGAUUGGGGAGCUGUUGUUGUCCCAUGGCUUUGCCGUCAAAGCCGGUGUUCGCGAUGUGGAGAAAACAAAAACAUCUUUCAAAGAUGACCCGUCUCUUCAAGCAGACGUGACAGAAGGUCCUGAGAAGCUGGCUGAAGUUAUAGGUGAUGAUUAUCAAGCUGUGAUUUGUGCUACUGGGUUUUGUCCCGGGUUUGAUCUCUUCGAUCCUUGGAAGACUGAUAAUUUCGGGAUGGUGAAUCUGGUGGAUAUGUGCCGUAAACAAGGAGUUGAUAGGUUUGUUCUUAUAAGCUCAAUCUUGGUGAAUGGGGCUGCGAUGGGACAGAUUCUGAACCCAGCUUACAUCUUUCUCAACGUCUUUGGACUAACUCUGGUCGCAAAGCUUCAAGCCGAGAAGUAUAUCAAAAGAUCCAGCACUAACUAUACUAUAGUAAGGCCCCAUGAUCUUAAAAACGAUGCUCCGGCAGGAAACGUAGUCGUGGAGCCAGAGAUGCAGUUCUAA